CAUAUAAAAUCUCAACCCCUCUCUCUCUCUCUCUCUCUCUCUCUCUUCCAAACCCUCUCCUUCUUCUGCUUCAAUCCCACACCUGCUAUCCGCAUUCUCUCCAAUUCGAGUGCCCUAGACUCACUUCACUCUCAAAGUUUUGCGAUUGUGGUGGUGAAGAUGGACCCUGCGUUUGAGGACGAGGCCCAGGACGGUGAGACUGUUACAAUCGAAGAGUAUCUCAAGGAUGUUGAGGACCAGGAACUGGAAGCUGAUAUGGUUUUGGGGGGCGAUGAAGGCAAGGAGUGCACCUAUAAUAAUGGGUAUAUGAAGAGGCAAGCAAUUUUCUCAUGCUUGACUUGCACCCCUGAUGGUAAUGCUGGAGUAUGCACAGCUUGCAGCUUAUCUUGUCAUGAUGGCCAUGAGAUUGUGGAACUAUGGACCAAGAGAAAUUUCAAAUGUGAUUGUGGAAAUUCAAAAUUUGGAGAGUUUUACUGCAAACUUUUCUCAAGUAAAGAUAUCGAAAAUGUUGAGAACUCAUACAAUCAUAACUUCAAAGGUUCCUACUGUACAUGUGGCCGUCCUUAUCCUGAUCCAGACUUGGAAGAACAAGUAGAGAUGAUACAGUGCUGCUUCUGUGAGGACUGGUUCCAUGAGGAACAUAUCGGUCUUGAUUCAUCUGAUGAGAUUCCAAGAGACGGAGAAGGUGAACCUCUGUAUGAGGAUUUCAUAUGCGCAGCAUGCUCAAAAGUUUGCUCUUUUUUAAGGUUAUAUACUCAAAUUAUCUUGGAAGCAAGGAGCCAAAAGAAUGCUUCUCUCAAGGCUGGAAAAGAUAAAGAAGUUAUUGCAGAAGAAGCACCUUUAGCCUGUGGAUCCGGAAAGCUAGAAAAUAUAUCUCAGAGUUCUACUACCAAUUCUGAAUCUGUGACUGGAUGUGAACUUUCAAUUCUUAGAGAAAAUUCUGGGAAGAAAAUAUGUCCAGAGCAAUGCGCUGCACAUGCUGAUACACAUGCUACUUGUAUUAUUGGAGUUGAUCUGGCAACUGCUUCCCCUGUUUCAGAGAAUAAGCCAAUGUUCCUUUCAAAAAACUGGCGGAGUGCUCUGUGCAGUUGUGACAAAUGCAGUGAAUACUAUAAACAGAAGCAUAUUAGUUUUCUAAUUGACAAGGAGGAUUCAAUCAUUGAAUAUGAGAAAAUGGCUAAGCAGAAGAGAGAAGAGAAGUUGCAGCAACGUGACGGGGCAGAGUUAAGUAUGCUGGAUAACCUUGGCCAUGUAGAGAAAAUCGAGAUUCUGAAUGGUAUUGCGGACAUAAAAAAUGAGCUUUGCUCUUUCCUGGGAUCUUUUGAUUCAUCGAAGGCAAUCACAUCUGCUGAUGUUCAUCAAAUUUUUGAGAAUCUAAAGAAACGCAGGCGUGUUGAGUGAGUUAUUUCUGGAUCUUUGAUGCAGUUGCACGCAUGUAAUAAUAUUAACGUUCUGUUUCUGCAUUUGGAGUUGAGUCAGGUUUCAGUACCAUUAUAAAACGUCUCUGCUUAUCAUGGUCUGUUUUAUGUUAGAAUGCUCUACUAGUAUCUGUGUUAUUUAUUGGCAGACUUACCUUAGUCGAAUACAUUAUAAUUUUAAUUUUAAUUUCCUCCAAAUAUCUUCAUGACACGAAAUCA